CUCAAGACCCGCACCGGCGCACUUAAUGGCAAGCGCGUCGACUACUUCAAGGGCAAGUCGGCCAUCAAGGCGCUCCGCUCGCCCGCCUACGCCAAGCUCGGCGCCAAGGUGCCCCAGGUCGACUCGGACGACGCCGCGACCCAGCUCCUCCACUCGCUCAUCCCGCACACCUUCUUCCUCCGCAUCCAGCGCGGGCCCUCGAUCUCGUCCGGCGUCAAGGCCGUCCAGAUCGUGCCCCAGCAGCUCUUUGCCCCCGACGAGCACUAUGUGUGGCUCGUCGACCCCAACCCGAUCCGCCAGCUCGCGCUCGCCGUCGCCAUGGUCGCCGUCGUCCUCGCCGGCGUCAUGUUCCCCUUGUGGCCCGUCAAGAUGCGCAUCGGCGUCUGGUACCUCUCGGUCGGCGUCCUCGGCCUCAUCGCCGCCUUCUUUGGCCUCGCCAUCGUCCGCCUCGUCCUGUGGCUCGUCACCAAAGUCGUCGCCCGCCCGGGCAUCUGGCUCUUCCCCAACCUCUUUGCCGACGUCGGCUUUGUCGACUCGUUCAUCCCGACGUGGGGUUGGGACGUGCCGCCCCCGAAAAAGGCCAAGAAGGCGGCCAAGGACGGCACGGGCACGCCGUCCAAGAAGAGCUCGAAGCGCAAGGACGCGGCGGCGGCCGCCGCCCAGGCGCAGCAGCACGGCGGGCACUCGCACUCGCACGGCGACGGCGCCCACUCGCACUCGCACGGCGGCGACGACGGCCCGCGCAUCGUCGAGCUUGCCGACGACGACGACGACGAGUAG